UGGGGAGAGAGCGUUAAACGAAAGAGCAGUCGCAAUAUUAUAUAUUCUCGGACGGCAGAUGUGGCCGGCAUAGCACUUACGUCCCAGAUUCUCAAUCUCAGCCGUCCAUUUGGUCGCACGUUCACUAUUUUCCCUAUCGUUAAUUCUCAUUUCCAUCGGUUCCAUCGAAUCUGUUCGUCCGCGAAAAUAUGGAAGCGAUUGGGGUUCUGAUGAUGUGCCCGAUGAACAACUACCUGGAAGAAGAGCUCGACAGGCGGUUCAAGCUAUUCCGAUACUGGACGCAGCCACGGAAGCGCGAGUUCCUAACACAGCACGGCGAGUCGAUUCGCGCCGUCGUUGGAAACGCUUCCGCCGGAGCCGACGCCGUUCUGAUUGAUGCGCUGCCGAAAUUGGAGAUUGUAUCGAGUUACAGCGUUGGAUUGGAUAAAAUUGACCUGAUCAAAUGUGAGGAGAAAGGGAUUAGGGUUACGAACACGCCCGAUGUGCUGACCGAUGAUGUUGCGGAUCUAGCAAUCGGCUUGAUGCUGGCUGUUCUGAGAAGGAUUUGCGUGUGCGAUAAGUAUGUCAGGAGUGGGAAGUGGAAACAUGGCGACUUCAAGUUGACGACGAAGUUCAGUGGAAAGAGAGUGGGCAUUAUAGGACUCGGAAGGAUCGGAUUAGCAAUCGCAAAACGGGCCGAAGCAUUCGAUUGCCCCAUCAGUUACUACUCAAGAUCCAAGAAAUCAAACACGAACUACAAGUACUACGAAAGCUUGAUCGAGCUCGCAUCAAACUGCGACAUCCUAGUUGUAGCAUGCGCGCUGACUCCCGAAACCACACAUAUCGUGAAUAGAGAAGUGAUGAACGCAUUGGGCCCGAAUGGAGUUCUGAUCAACAUAGGAAGGGGACCCCAUGUCGACGAACCUGAACUUGUCUCCGCCCUCGUCGAGGGCCGUCUGGGCGGGGCGGGACUCGACGUCUUCGAAAAGGAACCUCACGUUCCGGAGCAACUGUUCAAGCUCGAGAACGUCGUCCUGUUGCCUCACGUGGGGAGUGGGACAGUGGAAACAAGAAUUGCCAUGGCUGACCUUGUGCUUGGGAACUUAGAAGCCUAUUUUGCCAACAAGCCAUUGUUAACCCCUGUGGUCUGAUCGAUAUAUGAUCAUUUAUUGAAUAAAGCUUAUUGCCAUUGAAUGUAACCUUCGAAUUAUCAGA